AUGAAUGUGAGAAGGCUGAGGUCAAUAGAUGUUGGUGCAUUUGCUCUUGAUGUUGCAGCAUCUGCAGUGAACCAAUGUGUCCAAGACAAUGCCUCAGUCUUGGUGGAAACCUACAACCACGAUCUGAAGGCAAUCUUGGACAAGCAUGCACCAAUUCAUUCUAAGGCAGGUACAAUACGGCACAAGGUACCAUGGUAUAAUGCUGAGGUGCACGAGGCACGCAUAAUCCGCAAAAAGGCUGAGAGACAGUGGCGCCACUCAAAGCUUGAAAUCCAUAGCAAGGUCAACCGUGAAAAGCAUGUGCAGGUUAUUCGGAAGAUUGAGAAGGCAAAAAGGGACUUUCUAGUUGAAAAAAUUAAGGACGAUGGUGGUGAUCAGCGUAAACUCUACAGAACUGUGAACUCAUAA